GAGGAAGCGGUAGACGUGUACUUCGCUCCAAUGAAUAAGUCUUUAUUUACACACUGCUCAUUGUUUUUCAGCAAACAUUCAACACAUACACACACUCACAUGCGGUUGCAGCAUGACUCUCUCGUCUGCCACGUCUCCUCCCCUUUUAUCUCUGCCACAGCUCACUGAAAAUACAAACAGCUGUUAGCACAGGUGUAAAUCCUUAACCACUCACUCUCCACAGAUCGGCGCUCGACCACACCCCCACCUCCACAUACCCCCACCGCCCGACUCAGGUCGGGGAGCCGUCCGGCCUGCCACCGACUCCCCCCCCCCCCCCAUUCCGAGCGAGAAAAUAGGCCACAGCCAUCUGUGCCCCCGGCUUGUGGAACACCUCAUACUUAAGGGGCUGAAGUGCCAGAUACCAACGAGUGAUCCGUGCGUUGGUAUCCUUUGUGCGGUGGAGCCAUUGGAGUGGGAUGUGAUCCGAACAGAGGGUGAAGGCCUGCCCAAGCAGGUAGUACCGGAGGGUGAGGACCACCCAUUUGAUGGCCAGACACACUUUCUCUAUUGUGCUGUACUUCGUAUCUCGCACCGAGAGCUUCCGACUAAUGUACAGCAUGGGGCGCUCAUCCCCCUCCACCACCUGGGAUAAUACGGGCCUCAACCCCCGGUCCGACGCGUCCAUCUAUAAUACAAAAGGGAGAGAGAAGUCAGGAGAAUGCAAGAGUGGCCCGCCACAGAGUGCAGCUUUCACUUGUGUAAACGCCUGUUGGCAGGACAAAUUAGACUGGUGGGCUGCCACAGUCCAGGUAAUCAAUGGGAAACACUGGACCUAACUGAUAUUAUAUCAUAAAAGCAAAUGUGAAAAUGAAAUAUGCAAUUUCUGCAGCAACCACAUCAUUUUGUGGUGUUUUAUGGUACUUUUGUUGACUUGUGCUUUUCAGGACUUGUACCCAGGUCCAUCGUGUUGGAAAUACAACACUUGUGAGCUAUCACGUAACUUUAUUGCGCAUGAAUAAGCUUGCAUAUGCACGUACAGUGAGCCACGUAAAAAUAAUUUUGCAAAAACGUUGGUAUAGUAAUGUGAUUCAGGUUGCAUUUAUUUAUGUAAACGGUGCAGAACGAGUUGCACACCAAAGUUUAAUACUUUAGUGUUGGGGGUUUACAGCAAACCUCGAACCCUAGUGAUAGUGAUUCUUACCUUAGUAAAGCAGACCACUAUUUAAAUGUUGCAGUGGUAUAAUGACACCAAGAAAUAUGAUUCAAAUGUCAAAUGAAAUGUAUUUUUAUAUUGCUUAAUUACUAUGUCAUGCUAUUCAAGUUACAAUCUAUAAUGGUUCUAAUGGCUUACCAUGAGGACAGCAGUACUGAGCAUUAGUGGACAGUAAUGAUAAUGAUAUCUGAUCAGGGCCAUUGGUACAAUGUUAGAAAGGCAUAAAGGAGAAGGGAGGCAACUGUUACUCAUUUAACAGCAGCUGAAAACAAAGGCCUAGAAACAGGCAAACCAAUGAGGAGCGAGGUCUGUAUCCUAAGCAGAUUUUCAGCAGAAUCCAGCACUGUCAUGCUGCCUCGGAAAGCUGUGACGCAGGUUUUAGGGUCUGGUGCUGGGGAAACUGUGACAUGCGGAUACUGUAUGAAAAGGUGUGCCUGACUGUGUGUACGAGAAAAAGGAUGAGAAGGUGGGGGAGGAGUGCUAAAUCUGUGCAAGGACAGACAAGGACAAAUAACUAAUUAGAAAAUACAGACAAAAACUCAAAAUAACAGAGUGAACACUAAUGAAAGCAAAACUGAAUUGAAAAGACAAACUGAACAUAAAAUAGAACUAAUAAAUAAACACAUAAAAAUCUAAAAACUAUAAUAAUAAUGACGAUCAAACCUCGAUUGUGAAAAAUCCUUCAAUUUCUUGGAGCUACAAAAGAAGAGGCUUUGUCUUUUUAUUCAGAUUGCCAAGGGAAAUAUCACUGCCAUUUGUCUUUUACCCUUGACCAGUAACUAGCAGUAUCUUUAAUUGUGAAUUAUUUUAGAGAUUAGAUUAUAUAGUGGGGUAGAUGUAGAUGAAAACAUCUGGGGUCAAUAGGACAUUUGUUAGACCACAGUGAUGGGAAUCCUGGCUGCCAUCAAUAAUAUUAACAUGAGAUCACACAUUUGGUAAUGUAUUAUAGAGCCAUUGUUCCUAUGGAAAGUCUCCACCCUGGAGCUCAGUGUUUGUCACAGAUCUUUGCAAUUUCCCUGGAGGCUAGCAUGUAUAUGUCACCCCUACACAGUUUAAGAUAGUUGGCUGGCAUGGAAAUGUCGCCCUGAGCUGCUUGUUUCUAACCAGAAAGCCUAAGUCAAUUCUCAGAAAACGACUUCUCUCUCUAUCGCUCUGUCACUCUCAUUUGCUCAUAUUCUGCCUAAAAAGUGUACUUUUAGUAAAUUUUCACUGAAAUACCAGUAAUUCAGAUCUUUAAUGCUUUAAUUUAAUCCUAGGAUUAAAUGCCCAUUGUGCAGUCUAAUCUGAAUUAAAUUGCAUAAUGCAAUCUCCGUAAAAAAGGGUUAUGUAAUGAUCCCGCCACUGCAGUGACAUUGACAGUUUUGAAGGGAGUUUUUGACCGGUCUGAGGUCAGAUUAUUGUGCUUAUGUUCUGUCACCCACUUUCUUUUUUUGCUGUUUCCUCCCAUCCUACGAAGUGUUCGUGGAUGUACAGUACAUGCUCAUAUUCAGUUUGCCCUGUCUAUUUCUAUAAUACCCCAUAAAAUGGUUUGACGAACACAAUUUUCCAGUGUUGAAAUAUUUUCUAUUAACACAGGGUGUUGGGGAGGGACAUAUCAAAGGGCUUGUCCUUUUCUUAAGUAGCCUUAGGGGCCGUUUACCAUCUAGUAUGCUCCCAGUGUAGUAUUUAUGUAAUGAUGUUUGUCUUUCCUCCUGCAUCCACUCUUCUUUUUCCUCUCUACAGCCAAUCAGAAGCCAAUACAUCAGUGAUAUGUCAAUGAUAAUAAGUUUUGUCAGUGAAUGUAAUACUGAAGAACAUUGUUAACUGUCUCCCUUCUUUUUCCCUCUCUUGUCCCCUUAAUUGUUGUGGCAGCGAUUUUUAGUCUUAUCUCCUUUCUCUCAGUCAUUAAGGCUAAAUUAUAAAUGUUGUUUUCCUGAAUGGUACAGUAAAGAGAUGCUCGUACGAAUCUAAACGACUUUCUAAAAAACCUCAGUAAAUAUAUAAUCUAAUGCUAUAGCUGCCAUUGAUAUAAUACUAGGCAAUCUGUGCUCACUCAUUGAUGCAUGUGUGCACUGCUUCCUGUCCCUAAUCUCAUUGCACAUACACUAUAUACAUACUUCUCCAGAGGUCAGAAUUGAAAAUAGCACAAGAUCAUUGGUUGAGAGCGAUGCAGAUGUCUCUGUGGAAACUGCAGGGUGAAGUGUGAGAGAGAGAGAUACUUGGAAUUACAGCGUGGCUCUGCCAUGGGGCAUGUGUAGAGGUUGACUCUGACACGGAGGCAGUGAUGGGUGAUGGCUUCAAACUGGGUUGCAUCUCUUGUAAGAUGCGAGGGGAAGUGCCGGCUUCUGCCACAGUGGACUGGUGGUUCAUGGCCAAAGGCGAAAGUGACUUUACACAUAUCUACAGUUAUGCAGAUAUGACAGGCUACGUAAUGGAUGAGCAUUUCAUUGACCGCCUGGACUGGAACGGCAGUAAAAAAACAAUGGAUGUGCAGGAUGGCUCCAUUUACAUCCUCAAUGUGACCUUCAACGAUACUGGCACCUAUCGAUGCUACUUUGACCGGAUCCUCAUCUUCCCCAAUUAUGAGUUUCGCACCAAUGCCACCAAGUUUAUCACCAUCAAUGUAGUGGGCAAAGCUACCCGAGGCAUGGCGUCUAUCCUUUCUGAGAUUAUGAUGUAUGUGUCCAUCAUUGGGCUGCAGUUAUGGCUGGUGGUGGAGAUGGUCUACUGUUACAGGAAGAUAGCAGCAGCAGGAGAAGAAGCACUGCGAGAGAGCGAGGCGGAAUAUUUAGCUAUAACCUCAGAGAGCAAAGAUAAUUGUGCAGGUGUAGCGGUGGCAGAAUAACAUAGGGCCAAAAAACUCUCAAGCAUAAAGCUUGAAGCUCUCCAUCCAUUAUGACAUCACCAACUGCCUCCUCAUUCAUCUUCACUGGAGCUCUGUGCAACCGCAGGGCCACCGGUUUCAGUAUGACUGUGACCAAACAACCAUUCUAAACCAUCAGGAAAAAACACGCUGCCAUACAUUGCGCAGACAUGUAAAUGUUGUUUUAACCUCGUGAGACCCCGUGUCUACAUGUGUGGACAUCACGUUUUGGCUUCGCUUUAGGCUAUGCUUAAUUUAUAUUUUUAAAGCCAGCUGAUCUCAGUAGUCAAGGGUUAAACUUUCAGCGUGUUGCAUGUGACAGAACAACAUGGUGCCAGUCUCAGCCGAGUUUGUCUUUUGGAGAAACGGAGACUAACUUUCAUUAAGUCCUACAUUCAUUGUGCAUUGUCACAUUGAGAAUCAAUGGACAUAUCCAAAAGCUGGAAAAUGUUGCUUUCAGAGGCUGUAUACAUAGUUAGGAUGAAAAUAAGGUGCAUUUCAAACUGUUCUGAGAUGAGUGAAGACAGACAGCCAACUGGAGGUUAAGUCAUUCACUAAUUAGUAGCAAGGGAGCAUCCUAUUGCUUUCCUAUGCAGCCUAGGGCAUUCACUUCUAAAAUCUGGCCAAAAGUUCAGUUUCAUGCAGAUGAUGUUUGGACCACUUAACAUGUUUGGCAGACAUGGGAAAUUGGAAAUCAGUACAUAGAUUCAGAAUUUUAUAAUGCAAAUUUUAUUUUAACAUGGUUGGCAUUGAUUUGAUGAUGCUGACUGUUACUUUUAAUCAGAAUUAUUUAUUCAGCUUUAUAGAAAAUCGGCUGCAAUGUCUAUAACAUCUCAAAAACAUGAAUAACCAACACUCCUGGACAGAUAAUAAAACUAUUUGAAGAAAGAAAUUUCACUUUCUGUAGCUUGAAAUUACUUAAAAUUUCACAAAUUAGCCCCGCUGUCCACAUAUGUGGACAUCAAUUUUUAGGAAAAUUAUUUGCUCUAGACCUUUCUUUCUUUAUUUAUUUAUUUGCUUGUUUAUUAGGUGCUACUAGUUACAAAUCAAAAAGGGAAAUGGAAAAUGCACACAGCAGUCACGUGGGGGUCUCAGGAGGUUAAAUAAAGCACUGACAUGGUGUUGCAUUGUAGACGACAGCUUUGAGGUUAACAAAUAAAUCGAGUGAAGCAUGAAUAUGUAACACUGAACAGUACAAAUUGUACUGAACAUGACUUGUACAUACAGUUGAAGUCAGAAGUUUACAUACACCUUAGCCAAAUACAUUUAAACCCAGUUUUUUCACAAGUCCUGACAUUUAAUCGUAGAAAACAUUCCCUGUCUUAGGUCAGUUAGGAUCACUACUUUAUUUGAAGAAUGUGAAAUAUCAGAAUAAUAGUAGAGAGAAUGAUUUAUUUCAGCUUUUAUUUCUUUCAUCACAUUCCCAGUGGGUCAGAAGUUUACAUACACUUUGUUAGUAUUUGGUAGCAUUGCCUUUAAAUUGUUCGACUUGGGUCAAAUGUUUUGGGGUAGCCUUCCACAUGCUUCUCACAAUAAGUUGCUGGAAUUUUGUCUCAUUCCUCCAGACAGAACUGGUGUAACUGAGUCAGGUUUGUAUGCCUCCUUGCUCGCACAUGCUUUUUCAGUUCUGCCCACAAAUUUUCUAUCAGAUUGAGGUCAGGGCUUUGUGAUGACCACUCCAAUACCUUGACUUUGUCCUUAAGCCAUUUUGCCACAACUUUGGAGGUAUGCUUGGGGUCAUUGUCCAUUUGGAAGACCCAUUUGCGACCGAGCUUUAACUUCUUAGCUUAUGUCUUGAGAUGUUGCUUCAGUACAGUAUAUCCACAUAAUUUUCCUUCCUCAUGAUGCCAUCAAUUUUGUUUCAUCAGACCAGAGGACAUUUCUCCAAAAAGUAAAUCUUUGUCCCCAUGUGCACUUGCAAACUGUAGUCUGGCUUUUUUAUGGCGGUUUUGGAGCAGUGGCAUUUUCCUUGCUGAGCAGCCUUUCAGGUUAUGUCGAUACAGGACUCAUUUUGCUGUGGAUAUAGAUACUUGCCUACCUGUUUCCUCCAGUAUCUUCACAAGGUCCUUUGCUGUUGUUCUGGGAUUGAUUCACAGUUUUAACACCAAACUACAUAUAUCUCUAGGACACAGAAUGCGUCUCCUUCCUGAGUGGUAUGAUGGCUGCAUGAAGGUCCACAAUUUUUUUUCUGGGGUCUUGGCUGAUUUCUUUUGAUUUUACCAUGAUGUCAAGCAAAGAAGCACUGAGUUUGAAGGUAGGCCUUAAAAUACAUCCACAGGUACACCUCCAAUUCAGUACACCUCCUAUCAGAAGCUAAUUGGCUAAUUGCCUACAGGCUUGACAUAAUUUUCUGGAAUUUUCCAAGCUGCUUAAAGGCACAGUUAACUUGGUGUAUGUAAACUUCUGACCCACAGGAAUUGUGAUUAAAAGUGAAACAAUCUGUCUGUAAACAACUGUGGGAAAAAUUACUCAUAUCAUGCACAAUGUAGUGUCCUAAACGACUUGCCAAAACUAUAGUUUGCUAAUAUGAAAUCUGUGGAGUGGUUCAAAAAUACACCAAAGUGUAUGUAAACUUCAGACUUCAACUGUAUGUGUUUGAGCUUUUAACUCAACAUUUUUAACUUUUAUCUCUUUAUAUCAUUAUUUAAACUCACAUAAAAAAUAAAAAGUACACAAGACAUAAUAGAAAAAUGAAACGUGGUUUGGAAAGCAAAGCGAUUGAAAUACAGAGAAAUCAGCAUGAAUUUCGCUGAAGAUUUCUUGUGUUUGGCAGCUGGGGACAGAUAACAAUUUUAAAUACAUGUUUAUGAAAAGAGCUUCCUACCUGUAUAAUUGCCCCUUUCACGUACAGGGGAUUCUAACUUAUUUCACCACGACUAAGCUAAGCACAACUUUUUAACGUUUUCUCACUGACACGUAACUAACAGUUCACCUCAAUGACAAAGGAAUGUUUGUUUUUUUGGCAUUUGCAUUUGCAAAAUAUCUGCACCAUGACAAGCAACCAACAUUUACUGUUCACUGAACUCUUGUUACUAAACAGAAAAGAUUUUGAGCAUAACAAAGCACAAAAUAUAUGUUCUGGGCCAAAAGCAAACACUAUAAAAUAUAUAAAGCGAGCAAAUCCAAUCCAUGUAGCCUAUAGGGGGCGCUCUGCCUCUCUAUCUGUGCAAAACUGACCCUAAUGUUUCAACUGUGCUUAUAACCCAUAAAAGGGAAGAAAGUGCUUUGUUGUCUAGGAUAACGUAGCAUAGCUGAGCUUCAAUAAAAUCUACAGAGACGUGAUAAAUAAUAUAAAAAAUGUAUUGUAGAUAAGAGCCAAGUUUCCUUCAUUUAGCCGAACGGUUUUUGAUGCGGUACUGUGCCGUUCUGUACCGAUCCGAGCUUCUUCGGUUCCGUUUUAUUUUUCCAUCGUGGUGCUGAGAAAUCAGUAUUAGAAUGAACUAAUCCACACCAUCUUUGCUGACAAAAUAAUAAAGGGCUGUAUGAAAUAAAGAAUGACUCCAAGAUAAGUUCAAAGAGUGUCUUGUGUAAGAUCAAUGUUCAAGCCCCUGGCUCUUCAUGCAUUAUGUUUUCAAAAGAAAAAAUGAAGGACAAGAAGAUAAAGCGGGAAUAAAAUGUAUUCAUUCAUAAGCAGUAGCGGUUCUAGCUUGUAUGGCGCCCUGGGCGAAACCCGCUUCAACACGCCCCCAAAAAAUGUUGACUAGGGGUUGGGGGGGAAUUGUAUGGCACCUUGGAUGAAACCCGCUUCAACACGCCUGCAAAGUUGUUGACGGGAGGACUGUGUGGGUGCCUCGUGCCGCUCCCCCGCAAGAUACCGCCCUGGGCAACUGCCCAUGCCGCCCAUGCCAAAAUCUGCCACUGUUCAUAAGUGCAGUAAAAACUGUCCAGUAUUUCCUCUCCCUCAUAGUAGCCAAUUUCUGGUAGUGACUACAGAGGGCAGCACCACACUGCCAAAGUCUCACUGCCUUUAUGCAUGCAUGAUCAAUUCUGAGACUUCCCAGUUGUUUUUCUUACGUUUUUAAAUAUUUCAUUCAGUGAUUGUUAAAUUGCUAGAUUUCUACUGCAUGAAUUUAAAUACACUUUUAUUACUGUCAUAAACAUGGCCAGCUGAAACACUGUCCAAGUAAUAUGUUUUCAAAUACAUUCUUGAUUUAGCAAAUGUUUAGUACCACAGCUGCUUUUAGUGCAGUGAUGACUAAAAAAGAAAAUAGAUUGUAUUGUACUAACGCUUUGAUGUUACAGAAAAUCAUGAUUUGACAACGUCUGCACAUCUGUAGGACUCUGUACAGUAUGCACACAACACUUCUAUGGCCUCAACAAAUCAAGUAUGCAGUUCAUGUUUAAGUGAAAAUGUUGCUUGCCAGAAUAGAAUAUAACAAGAAUAAAAUACACUGCAAAAAAAAAAAAGUGUGAGAUGUUUG